GUCUCGACACAGACGCAGUGUCACAUUAGACCGCCAGCCUCCAAACUGGGCAGAGGGACCAAAACAACAACAACAACAAUUUGGACAAAAGACAACUCACUCAUGGACCGAAACGCGACUCUCCUCGUUUCCUACGACAACCGCAGCAUUAUCAAUGUCACUUGCUCCCGUGACAAUGUUGUGAAGACGGUGAUUUUCCCCCUCCUCUACACCACCUUAUUCCUGGUUGGGCUGUCGCUCAACGGCCUGGCGGUGUGGGUGUUCUUGCGCAUUCCCUCACGCUCUCACUUUGUCAUAUACCUGAAGAAUGUGGUGGUCGCUGAUGUCAUCAUGACCCUCACGUUCCCUUUCAAGGUUUUAUCCGACUCCAACAUGGCCUCCACCGACCUACGAAUCUUCGUGUGCCGGGUCUCCUCUGUGCUGUUCUACCUCACCAUGUACAUCAGCAUCCUCUUCUUUGGCCUCAUCAGCAUCGACCGCUGCAGGAAGACACUCAACCCAUUCAGGGGCACCAACGCGGCCCGCCUGGCCCGCCGGAAGCUCCUCUCUGGCGUGGUCUGGAUCUUCCUGCUGGUUCUCUGCCUUCCCAACGUGGUUCUAACCAGUAAAAAGCCACAUUCGCCUUACUUCAAGUGUAGCGACCUGAAGGACCGGGCUGGGCUGUACUGGCAUGAGGUGGUCAAUCACGUGUGUCAGGUCAUCUUUUGGGCCAACCUCGUGAUAGUGAUCCUGUGUUACACCCUCAUCACCAAAGAACUGUACAAGUCGUACUCCCGCACCAAGUCUCGCGGCUCCGAAAGCCGUCAAAAGCAACAAAGUAAGAGAAAAAUGAACACUAACGUCUUCCUGGUCUUGGCCGUGUUUUUUGUGUGUUUUGUGCCGUUCCAUUUUGCACGCGUUCCGUACACCAUGAGCCAAACCCGAGGCCUUCUCUUCGACUGCCGCCUCAAGCUCUUCUUCUUCCAUCUGAAAGAGAGCACGCUCUUCCUGUCGUCGCUCAACUCCCUCCUGGACCCGCUCAUCUACUUCUUCCUCUGCAAGUCCUUCCGGACCACCUUGUUCAAGACCCUGCGGCUGCACCCGGGGACUUGCGGCUGGCUGCUGGGGAGGAGCUCAGACAGCGAUUCGUGCAACACCCCUCUGAGAGAAUCCUCCGUGUGCGCAUAAAGACGAUGUUGUAAUGCAGUAGUUAUCAAACCUUUAACGCCAAGUGACGCCUAAAACAUUUUGCUUUUGCAAGGAGGGGACUACCGUUUUUGUUUUUUUUUGCUGCCUCUGCUUCUCAAAUAUGUGGCUUGUACUCACAUGUACAGUUGCAAUCAAAAGUUGACAUACACUUGUAAAGAACAUAAUGUCAUGGCUGUCUUAAAGGCCUACUGAAAUGAUUUUUUAAAAUUUAAACAGGGAUAGCAGAUCCAUUCUAUGUGUCAUACUUGAUCAUUUCGCGAUAUUGCCAUAUUUUUGCUGAAAGGAUUUAGUAGAGAACAUCGACGAUAAAGUUCGCAACUUUUGGUCGCUGAUAAAAAAAGCCUUGCCUGUACCGGAAGUAGCGUGACGUCGCAAGUUGAAAGGCUCCUCACAUUUCCCCAUUGUUUACACCAGCAGCCAGAGCGAUUCGGACCGAGAAAGCGACGAUUACCCCAUUAAUUUGAGCCAGGAUGAACGAUGCGUGGAUGAGGAACGUGAGAGUGAAGGACUAGAGUGCAGUGCAGGACGUAUCUUGUUUCGCUCUGACCGUAACUUAGGUACAAGGGCUCAUUGGAUUCCACACUCUCUCCUUUUUCUAUUGUGGAUCACGGAUUUGUAUUUUAAACCACCUCGGAUACUAUAUCCUCUUGAAAAUGAGAGUCGAGAACGCGAAAU